CGGGGCGGUGUCGGGGUCCUGAGUGCGGGGCAGAGACAGCAGCUGGGCGGCGGAAUGGGCACCCCAGUGAAAGAUGUGGUUCUCAAAGCUGAUGCUCCCACUGUUCUAUUACUGGAUAAGCAUUCUGAUUACAUUGCCUCAUAUGGAGCAAAGAAGGAUGAUUAUGAAUACUGCAUGUCUGAAUAUUUGAGGAUGAGUGGAAUCUAUUGGGGGCUGACCGUUAUGGACUUAAUGGGGCAACUGCAGCGCAUGAACAAAGAGGAAAUCCUACAGUUUGUCAAGUCGUGUCAGCAUGACUGUGGGGGAGUUGGAGCUAGUAUAGGCCAUGAUCCUCAUCUCCUUUAUACCCUGAGCGCUGUGCAGAUCCUCUCUCUCUAUGAUAGUCUUCAUGUCAUUGAUGUUAAUAAAGUUGUUGAAUAUGUUAAAGGCCUCCAACAAGAUGAUGGUUCCUUUGCUGGUGACAAAUGGGGUGAAAUAGACACCAGGUUCUCCUUUUGUGCUGUAGCAACUCUUGCACUAUUGGGGAGACUUGAUGCCGUCAACCUAGAAUCAGCAGCCGAAUUUGUUUUAUCCUGUAUGAACUUUGAUGGAGGAUUUGGAUGUCGACCAGGUUCUGAAUCUCAUGCCGGGCAGAUCUAUUGCUGCACGGGGUUUCUGGCUAUUACAGGCCAGUUGCACCAGGUUAAUGCUGACUUGCUGGGUUGGUGGCUGUGUGAACGGCAGUUACCAUCUGGAGGCCUCAAUGGACGACCUGAGAAGUUACCCGAUGUUUGUUACUCAUGGUGGGUGCUGGCCUCUUUGAAAAUCAUUGGGCGACUGCACUGGAUUGACAAAGAUAAGUUAAGCCGUUUUAUCUUGGCCUGUCAGGAUGAGGAGACUGGUGGAUUUGCAGACCGGCCUGGAGAUGUGGUUGAUCCCUUCCACACUUUGUUUGGAGUGGCCGGCCUGUCCCUGAUGGGAGAUCAGCGGAUAAAGCCAGUUAACCCAGUGUUUUGUAUGCCAGAGGAUACCCUACGGAAAAUUGGCCUCCAACCUGAACUACUGCACUAAGGGGAUUUGAAGGAUGAUUUCUUGGUGCUGUUUGAAUGCUGUUGUGGACAGAUCAAAGUUUAACAAAGGGUACUUCAACACCCACCAUUUCACUUGGGGUUUGGCAAUAAUUUGUAGGUUUUAUCUGAUACAUGGAAUUUGGUUUGUUAACGCUAUGGUUUCCACAGUGUACCAUUGCUACAAGGAAUUGAGAGGUGUAAUACUGCACUUCAUUUGUCACACACCAUCAGUCAUGGCAGCCAACUUCAUUUUCAGCUGGUCUUAUUAUAAUAUAGUUGCUGGCUGACUUACACUAACAUCCUUUAAAUUGUUUUGUGUGAUAUAUAUUUAUAUAUCUCAUGUACGCAAAUAUUAUUUAUAUGUACUUAAAUUUUAACCGUUAAUGAUCUAUGGAGGGGGCUGGUGUUUGGACAAUGUUGCAUUUGGGUUGAGAUUCAGAAAUGAGUAAAUUGCUAUUAAAUUUCAUAGAGCAGCUAAUGUAUAAGAAAGAUGCUAAAUUCAGGAUUGUGAAACUAAAUUGCAGGUUUUUUUUCAAGUACAUUCUAUGUUUGCUUUCCAUGUAAAUUUUAAGAAUAGGUUUUAAUUUGUCAGAUAUCAGUCGAGCCUAGCUGCUGAACUCAGGUGGUCUUUCAAGCUCCCCAAGAACAUCUGCAGAUGAAUGGGUGAGGGAAUGUUUUAUCAGUUUUAGAAAAAGUCUUUAAAAAUUGGUGAAUCAGUGUGAAGAGUUGAAAUACUUCUUUUCUGAUUGUAUGCAGGAGGUAUACUUUACUCUGAAAUUCUGUCUAAAUGCUAACAUAGAAAAAUAGGAGCAGGCAUAGGUCACUACAGUCCCGAGAGCCUGUUCCACCGGUCACAAAUCAUGGCUGAUCAUCUACCUCAAUACCAUAUUCAUGUGCUAUGCCCAAAUUCCGUGGUAUCAUGAGUAAUGAAAACUUUACCAGUUUUUGUCUUGAACAUACAUAAUGAUUGAGCUUUCACAGUGCUCUGGAGUAGAGAAUUCCAAAGAUUUUCAGCAAAGAAAUUCCUCCCCAUCUCAGUCUAAAACAGUUAACUUUUUUUGAGAGACUGUGCGCCCUGGUUCUUGAAUCUCUCUGCCAACCAGUGCAGAAACAUCCUUCCUGCAUCUACCCUUUAAGAAUUACAUUGCUUUUGAUGAGAUCACACUUAUUCUUCUACACUCCAGAGAGUGUAGGCCCAAUCUCCUCAGUCUCUCUCAACCGAACAGUUCCACCAUCUUUGGAUUCAUUCUAGGGAACCUCCACUAUUCUUCAUCUGUGGCAAGUAAAUCCAUCCUUAGGUAUGGGAACCAGAACUACACAAAAUACUCCAAAUACAGUCUCGCCAACAUUGUGUACACUUGAAGAAAGACAUCUUUACUUCUGUCUUCAAAUUGUCUUGCAAUAUUGUCCAGUGCGCCAUUUGCCUUCAUAAAUACUUGCUAUGUCUGCAUAUUAGAUUUCAUAAUUUAUGUACAAGGACAUCCAGGUCCCUUUGCACAUCAACAGUUUCCAAUCUCUCAACAUUUAAAAAGUACUCUGCAUAUCCAUUUCUCCUCCUGAAGUGAAUAACCCAUCACUGUUCUUUACUGUAUUCCACUUGCUGUGUGUUGCCCACUCAGCCUGUCUAAUUGCCUUAAGGCCUCUUUGCAUUAUCCUUGCAAUACACAUUCGUCACCAGUUUUGUAUCAUCUCCAGACUUGGAAAUAUUACGCUUACUCCCAAUAUCCAUUAUGAAUAGCUGAGUGCCCAAGCUCCGAUCCUUGUGAUACUGCAUUUGUUACAGCCUGCCAACCAGAGAAUGAACCAUUUAUUCCUAAUGUUUUCUCCUCAUGAAGUAACCUCAACCCAUUCAAUAUAAUACAGCCUGUCCAUGCCUGUACAUUACCUCCAAUCCAUGCCAGUAUAUUACUCCCUAUCCCAUGUACUCUAUUGCCCUCCUUUGUGGAACAUUAUCAAAGGUCUUCAAUCAUUCCAAAUAUGUCACAUUCACAAGUGAAUUUCUCCUUAUGUACUCUGUUAGCAGCAAUACAAUGAAAAUUGGUAGAAGGUACACCUUAUUUCAGCAACACAUGAACAAAAUAUUGUAGAUGCUGGAAAUCUGAAAUAAAACCAGUAAAUGUUAAAAAUGCUUAGGUCUGGCAGCAUCCAUGCAGAGAGAAACCAGUUGAUGUUUCAUGUCAAUAUUCGAGCUUUAAUUCGGGUUUUAGUAAUUUUGGAUAGUAUAGUUAAAUUUAUACUUCCCAGAGAUCAUCUAUAUCUUUGUAAUUAAAGCUGGUCUAUUGAGGUACCAUAACUGUGUUUAUAGUGUAGCCUCCUAUGAAAUUUUUUUUUGUUGUUCUGCUCUUGGGUUUAAUGUUUUAGGGAAGCAAAUGUGGCAGCAGGUAGAGUUUAAAUGUAGCAGCUUAAAUGAUUUAAUUGAAAGGGCAAUAAAUGAAUCAAAGAGCUAUAGAACAUCAAACUGGAAGCAAAAUAGGAAAAGAUUGAAGUGUGCUGUGGGCAAGAACAUUUGAAGAACUGAAGUAAAAUCUAAAGCAGCAGAGAGAACUAAUUUACAUGUAAUAUUAGUGUUGAGGGAAGAGACAAGGUUCUGCGGUUCACUUUUUUCUGGCCUGGGAAGAGAAGAUUUCUGAUUGCACAACCUUGAAACGAAUUAAAUAAUAAUAAUCUUCCCCCAUAAAUGUUUACAAUUAUUUCUUUAGAAGUAAGAAGUCCUCACUUAAAGUUGUGACUGUGUUGUUGAAAAAAUCAUGACUUCAAAGGAAAUGUUUAAGUGAAGCAUCGGUUCCCACAGGAAAUAAUAUUACAACUGGAGUUAGGUCCUGUACCUGUACUAGGAGUUUAAAUUGCUGAAUGCCUGUGUUGGUAAAUGAAUAACCAUUAAAAUACAUUUUUCCACUAUUAAAAUAAAAUGUUGUAUACAACUCAGUACUUAGAGAGUGUCCUGUCGUCGAUCCUCCAAGUGUGCACCGCAGGGCAUUGCUGCAUGGGGUUUGUGCCCUGGGAGAUGGCCUAUGUUCACUGGGCUCUGGGCCAUAUGCCGCUAUUGUUUGUUCCUGGACAUGUCAGGCCACUGUCUAGUGUCAUCCUUUUGGGUGCUGCUGUACUCCUUAUAGGAUGUCACUGUCUCUGAGGUUCACUUGGGCUGCCAGCCAAUGGGGCUAUGCUUCCUGACUAACUGUGAGGCACUGGUUUUCGCCCUCCACUUUGCCCUGGCCAGAGGGUUAUUGGUUGUGGCAGGGGCUUGUUGGUUCCACUCCACUGCACUUUCUGGGUGUUGUCCAGUGCUGUGAGGCUUCUGUGGUGGAUUGUGGCUCUCAAACGUUGGAGCAGCAAGAGGAUGAUGCUGGGAUUUUAUGCCAAUCCGAUCAGGUAUUAUCCAGUUUAAUCAACAUUAAGUUGAAUAUUGCAAAACUCAACAAAAUAUUUCAGGCUUCAUUUGUGAAAUGACAUUAAAUUGAAAAUGCUGCACAAGCCUUUUUUAAUCAGAGUCCCUGUGAUUCUUGAAGUCCACAUUUUCUUUGCAACUUUGAAUCACUUGAAAGAUGUUGCUCUCCUGUCCAAUCUUCUGGGGGGAAAAAAAAAAUCUUAAUUUAAAUAAUUGUGGUAAUGGAAGAGCAUAUGGGAUUGUGUAGCGAAUUAGUGAUCACAUUAAACUGAAAAAGUAAGCGUCUACCUUCAGUAACUAUUGUAAAUUGUCUUUUUGUGGCCAACGUAACAAAACUUUAGUUCAACAUAUUUAUUUCGAAGUAAAAAAUAUAUUUGUCAAUAUUUAGCUGAAUACAUUGAGAAUUUGACUAACAAAUGUCUCAUUGAAAUGUUAUGCUAAUUUUACCCCUGUUUAAAUAAAAUAUAACUUGUAUUUGUGUG